AGAAAGCAUAAAUGUUGCCGUGUUCUACUGUCACCACCACCACCGCUACCACAAUAAUAACAAGAACAACACACGAAGUAGACACUCGUUUUCCUUUCUCCAUGAAGGGACAGGCUUUUCCUGUUAUAUAAUUUUUGUUGCUCAAAUAUUCUCCAAUAAAGUUCAGUAAAACGAAUAAAAAAUGAAAAGUAUUUAAAAUUUUAUAAGCAAAAGGGUUAACUUUUGUGCCAAAUAUGCCGUGCCAAAGAAAUUUUGGGGGGAGAAAGUUUAUCAUAAUUGUUGCAUUGUGUUACUUUUCAUUUGAUGGUGGUUCCCAUUCAGUGAAAGCUGGAAACAUUCCGCUUCCACUGGGGAUCGUGUUCGGUCAAGGCAGUCCGGAAAUCCAGACGGCAUUUAAACACGCCCUGCUCACCAUGAACCUCAACAUUACCACGAAUCCGAGAGAUAACUAUAGAUUGACGGCGUUCGUUGACAGCAUAAACACGGCGGAUGCGUUUAAGCUGUCCAAAUUGAUUUGCAACCAAUUUUCGCGAAAUAUUUACGCCAUGGUGGGAUCCAUGAAUGCAGAAUCGUUUCAUACGUAUCGUGCUUUCGCUAAUACAUUUCACAUGCCCUUAAUUACGCCAAAUUCAUGGUACUCGCCCAGGGAAGCGGGGGGAGGUCGGGGAAAGGCACAGAAUGAUGACGGAUCAGACUACGCGACAAGACUUCGGCCCGAUUUUAAUCCUGCGAUACUCGACACGAUUCACCACUAUGGAUGGAAAGAAGUUAUUUACCUUUAUUCUACGAAUGAAGGACUUCUCCGCCUUCAAACUCUCUUUUAUCGCACCUCCGAACCAGAUUAUAUGCUGAAAGUGAAAGUAGUUAAGAAGAUUUCAUCGGCAAAAGAUGCAAUCUCUGUUUUGAGGGAGGUGGAAGCAGCCGAGAGAUUUACCCAAAAAUACGUCCUCCUCGACACACCCACCCCACUGGCCAAGGAGAUCAUUCUAAGCCACGUCCGAGACGUGCAACUAGGCCGGAGGACGUAUCAUUAUUUGCUGGCAGACUUGGCAUUUGACGACACGUGGGAAAGUAACAUUUUAGAGUUCAACGCCAUAAAUAUCACGGGAUUCAGGAUGGUCGACACUGGGCGGAAGUACGUGCAAGACUUUCUCCAGAAGUGGGCCGUUUUAGACACCACGCAGUUCCCUGGGGCAGGGAAGGAUAGCAUUUCGGCCAACGCUGCGUUUAUGUUUGACGCCAUGCUGAUCAUAAAAGAAUCCUUUACCGACAUUCUGACCGACAAUCCGUACGCUUUUAAUCGAUACGGUGCAGAAACUGGUUCCGCGUGCGAGUCUGGUUCUGAUUUUUUGGACGAUAUUCGGCCAUUUGAAUAUGGACAAAAUGUGAACCAGCAUUUGCGACGGGUGCAAACGGAAGGGCUCACAGGCAAUCUUCAAUUUCACGAAAAUAACGGGACACGAAAGUAUUUCUCCGUAGAUGUGAUGGAGUUGAGGGACAAUGCCACGAAAGUCAAGAUUGCUCAAUGGACGGAUUACUCUGGGUUCAAGGUGGAAGAAACCCCACAAAGUCACAACCAAUAUAAUAACGACAAAGAAGUCAGAAAUUCUGGAGAGAAAGAUGUUUACAUCGUUUCAACAAUUUUGGAUGAACCAUUCCUAAAAUUGAAGAGUCCAUCCCAGAGAAAGUCCUUGUCUGGAAAUGAUAUUUAUGAAGGAUUCCUUAAAGAUUUUGCUGACAUUGUGUUCAAAAAUUUAGGAGUGACAUAUAAGUUCCAACUCGUACGUGAUGGAAAGUAUGGGGCGAAAAUGCCCUCCGGUUUUGGAGAAAAUUGGAAUGGUAUUGUGGGCGAAUUGAUUCGCAAGGAGGCAGAUUUAUCCAUCGCCCCGCUGACCAUCACCGCAGACCGAGAACGCGUCAUUGAAUUUACAAAACCAUUCCUCACUCAGGGAAUCUCCAUCAUGGCGUACAAACCGAAAAAGCACCUCCCCGGCAUGUUCAGCUUUAUGAAUCCGCUCUCAGAGUGGGUGUGGCUGUCCGUUCUGGGUGCUUACGUUGCAGUGAGCGCAGUUUUCUACCUCAUUUAUCGCCUCACCUCACUCCAGCAGCCUCACAACAACCACACCCAAUCAGACCAUCAGUUCAUCCCCCAUCAAAACCAACAGCGAAUUAAUGGCGAACUACACGCCAAAUUUGCUCAGCAUCAGCAGGCUCAAGAUCACACCCACACGCAGAUGUAUCUCAUCCAAAAAAAGCAGAAGAGUGAACGCCUCCCAGUUUCGAACUUUUUGUGGAUGGCGUUCGCAAUUUUGACGAAUAAUAGAACUUUUGUCUCGAGAUCCAUCGCUGGAAAAUUUGCAAGCACAGUUUGGUGGAUGUUUGCCCUGAUCCUUGUGUCCGUUUAUACUGGGAAUUACAUCGCCAUAAGGCUCCGAAAUAAGGCUGCCAAUCCCAUAAAAUCAGCCUGGGAUUUAGUCGACCGGGCAGGAAUUCAGUAUGGAACUCUCCAGUCGGGCUCGACCUACGAUUUCUUUAAGAAUUCCGAGAACGAAGUCUAUCGCUCCAUGUUUGCUCAUAUGAGUGGCCCUCAUCAGAAAAAUAUGCCCAGUUAUGAAGACGGAAUCAACGCUGUGAGGCAGAAGAAAGGAAAAUACGUAUUUAUUUUGGAAUCGGCUAAAAUUGAGUAUGUCAGCAAUCGCAGGCCCUGCAACACUAUCAAGGUCGGGUACGACUUGGGAGAAAUUCAUUACGGCGUGGGGCUUCCGGGUGGUUCGCCAUUGACGAGCAAGAUGAACAUGGAAAUCCUAAAACUGCGAGAAAGCGGCGUCCUCCGUAAACUCGAGGAGAAAUGGUGGAUGAAUAAAAUAGAUUGUCAAAUUGCCACCAAGUUGGAUCAACUCGACUCUGCGAACGAGGAGGAACUUUCCCUUGGGAAUCUGGCCGGAAUCUUUUACAUCCUCAUUAGUGGAAUGGUUAUUGCAAUCGUGGUCUGUUUUUUUGAGCUUUUCUGUUCCUCCAGCUCCAAGAAGUCGAACCUCCAGGAAGCCAGUAGUAAUCUCAAGGUGGCAUCAUCCACCCUGCCAAAACAGGUAGUCCUCCAACAUCACCAGCAGCAGCACCAGCACGAUAGUCUCGUACACCAUCGUGUAAACUCACAUUCUCAUUGUCAUUCAUCCCAUCAAAACGCCAUCAUCGAUUCGGUCCCGAUGCCAAAUGAUUUCUGCGAUAUUUCGCCAGACAUGAAUACAAAUAAGUGAAUCAACGAGGGAAUAUAUUCUGUCCUGUCUAGAGUAACAAUUUGGCUGAGGUACGUAAUACAUACGCAAGUUGUGUAAGGAUUUGUUUUAUACAGGAGACAAAAUUUGGAUUUAACUUAUCACUUUAAGGCUUAUCAGGUAUUACGAGAAACAAUAAUAAUUUUAGUGAUGAAAGUUAAAUGAAAUCAAUCAAAAAUGUUGCCAAAAAGUUUGCCAAAGAAAAAGUUGUGACUAAAAUACAUACUAAACAUAAUCUCACAUCACAAGGUUCCGUGUUAUCUAAAAAACACAUAGUUAACAAGUAGACAAUCCAUAUCUCAUAAAUAUGUAUGUACAUUUUUAUUACUUAUUAUUCUAACUAGUGUAAAAAAAAAUUUGUUCAAAAACUUGUUGAUGUUGUCGUAAGUACUUAUUCUCAGCUCAAUUAUUUAUGACUUUUAUUACACCGUUAUAUUUACGACGGCAUAGAGAGUUAAGAAAGUUGUUGCUUAAUUAUGUCGUCUCAAUUAAGACGGAAUAAUAAAUGGAAUACUAAAUUAAA